UGUACCUAGGUCAAUGAUACUAACAAUGAAACAGAAUUGUACAAAAAAAAAAAAACGUUAACUACAUUUUUCCACCUUUACGCCAGACAUCGUUAUGAUGGUUUGGACAUAUAUGAGUUGUAUUUUAUCAGUAAAGUGCGUGUUUGUCGACCUAGAAAUGACUUCUAACUACAGCAAAACAAUGGGAUAAGGGGAAAGCAGACGGGAACAUCGAUCAAUCCCUUUCCGACCCAGAUGGAGGCCCCUGUCGGAGGACCUACUGCGGACGGGGCCGACAGUGUGUGUUAAUGGCAGAAACCGGUCGGGCUGAGUGUGUUUGCCAGGAAAAAUGCCGGCCCUCCUUUGUGCCAGUGUGUGGCUCAGAUGGCAGGUUCUACGAGAACCACUGCGAGGUUUACCGCACCGCCUGCCUGCAGAGGAGACGGAUCUACGUGGUGCACAGCAAAGACUGCUUCUUUAAAGGCAAUGCAUGCACCAUGUCAGAGUACAACAGGCUGAAGAGUAUGCUGCUGGAUAUGCAACCUAAAACCCUGAACACUGGAGAGCAGAGCCAGCAGAGAGACAUGGAGGAGAAGAGAGCACUGGUGGACACUAUGUUCAAAUACCUGGAUGUGGACCAGAACGGCCGGCUGGUCAGUGAUGAGCUGGAAAAGAUCUCUAUGAAAGAGCACCUGGAGGACAGCCUGCUGGAGUGCACCAUGCAGGACCUGCUGCGUUACGAUGACUACAACAACGAUGGACACCUCAGCCUCCAUGAGUUCUACACGGCUUUCCAAGUUGUCCAACUGAGCCUGGCAGAGGACCAGGAGAUCAGCGUCUCCACAGUAACAGUGGGCCUCAGUGCCGUCCUUACCUGUGCCAUCCAGGGGACGCUGCGCCCGCCAAUCAUCUGGAAGAGGAACGGCAUCAUACUUAACUUUCUGGACUUGGAGGAUAUCAAUGACUUUGGGGACGAUGGCUCCCUGUACAUUACCAAGGUGACAACCAUCCACAUGGGGAACUACAGUUGCCAUGCCUACGGCUAUGAAGACCUCUAUCAGACACAUGUGCUGCAGGUGAAUGUCCCUCCAGUGAUCCUGGUCUAUCCAGAGACGCAGGCCCAGGAGCCCGGUGUAUCUGCCAGCCUGCACUGCCACGCUGACGGCAUCCCAAAUCCCAAACUCCUCUGGCUGAAGAACGGCAUGGACCUGCAGCCCAGAUCCUCCAAACAGCUUUCUCUCAUAGCAAACGGUAGUGAGCUUUUCAUCGGCAGCGUCAGGUAUGAGGACACCGGAGCCUACACCUGCAUCGCCAAGAACGAGGUGGGAGUGGACGAGGACAUCUCCUCUCUGUUUGUUGAAGAUUCAGCUAAGAAGACCCUUGCAAACAUUUUGUGGAGAGAAGAAGGAUUGAGCGUAGGGAAUAUGUUCUAUGUGUUUUCUGACGAGGGCAUCACAGUUCUUCAGCCCAGUGAAUGUGAGAUUCGCAGACACAUGAAGCGGACAGAGAGGAUUGUUGCUACCUAUGAGGAGAUGUGCCCUAAAGGUGAGGGGGUGUCACCUCAGCACUGUGUGUGGUCCUCCGCAGUCAACAUCAGGGAUAAGUACAUCUACGUGACCCAGCCCCUCCAGAGCCGACUGCUGGUUGUCGAUAUCCAGGCACAGAAGGUGGUGCAGGAGGUAGCAACAGAUCCUUUCCCAGUGAAGAUGCUCUAUGACAAGUCACAUGAUCAGGUGUGGGUUCUAACGUGGGGUGAUAUGGACAGAACACACCCGACACUUCAGGUAAUUCCUCAAGCCAGUGUGGGAGAAGUACAUCGUGCCAUCCGCACAACGUUCCAGAGAGUCAACGACUUCUUCAUCCCUCCAACCAACCUCAUCAUCACUCACGUGAGGUUUGCCUUCGUCUUCCUCAAAAAUGAACCCGCCGUACACAAGAUCGACCUGGAGACCUUCCACCGCGUCAAGACCAUCAGUCUGAAAAACUACAGCUGCAUACCGGUGAGCAUGGCCUACACACAUCUGAGCGGCUUCUACUUCAUCCAGUGUCAGAGCAAGAGCCACCUGCAAGCCCCACCCCAGCUGCUCAUCGACAGCGUGACAGAUGCCGUGAUCGGUCCGAACCUAAACGUCACAGGGCAGGCCUUCGUGUCACCGGACGGCCGCUACAUUGUGACACCUGACCCUCAGAGCUUAAAGCUGAUAGUACAGACAGUGUCCUUCCAGGGGGAGCUGGGUCUGAACCAGGAAAUGGACAAGCCUGUAGCUGUCUCCGAUCUGGUUUUCCAGCCCUCCUUCACGGAGUCCAACCAGCACGUGGUGGUGGCCACCUCAAGCUCAGGCACGGACCUGCUAUUUGCCGAUCUGUCCUCGGGCCGCACUGAGGUUCUGCGGAGCCUCAAGGAGCCCCUGGCCCCCCAAGCCUGGCCCUGGGGAGGCCCCAACAGAGUGGUGGUCUCCAGCGGGUUAUUCGGACAGUAUCUGGUGACACCGUCAGCCGAGUCCCUCUUUGUCCUGAACGGCAAACAGAGAACGCCGCACUGCGAGGUUUCAGACAUCAAGAGAGGGAACACAGUUGUCUGGGUCGGCGAGGUAUGAGUAAAAAAGAAAAGAAAAAGGAGGAGACGUAGGAUUAGGGAAAGACGUAAAUGAAAAAAAGGAAAGAUCAGGCCACAUUACCUAUUCUAAAGAUUUAUGUGAACAUAAGUUGUGGACUCAACCCUGGGACUGAGCGAGAGGGAUACACGCCUGGGUUUAUUGUAACAAAAGUACACUUAAAAAUAGAGUAAUUGAGAAAACAUUAAGACACCCUGUUGUGAUAUUUCUAUUGGGAGAAAGUGUCAAUGCCGUUCAGUGCAACAGUGAUCUAUGUGCACUUAACUAUACAGAAUUGUACAUUUAUUGCACUUCCUUCCAUGUUAUCACAGCAAAUAGGUACCUGAAGAGGGAUUAUUAACGAACUAUGAACUAUGCACAAUGCUCACUUUUUUUAGAGUAAAAAGCUUUCCGAUUUUGUUUAUCUCAACAAUGUUUGUCGUUUUCACCAGUGCUGCAUAUAAUCACCACAAACUGUCUGUCCUGUCUGCCUUUUAGUGUGUGUGUUCCGAGUCCUUUUAAAAGCUAUGAACCCAUCUUUUUUUCGCCUUUGUCAUGGUAUCGUACUGUAUCGUCCCUCUGAAAGCUUUCACUCUCCUCAUGCCGGCAGAGGUUGGCUUUAUGCACAUGUGUAAUACCCUCUAUUUACAUUGUCUAUCCAAAGAGCCCGAUUGGUCCAUUAGCCGUCGACAAUGGAUGUUUCGGUCACAGAGGAAGCCUAACCAGAAAUGAACAGUACAUCUAGUGGUCUCUUGCAAUGGUAUAAUCCGUCCCCUGCCAUCUCUCACAUUUAUUCUGUACCUGCAGUACAACUCUGUGCUGUGGAGCCUGAAAAUGCCACUUAGCAGAUUCCCUCAGGGUAAUGACUCCGGUUUACGCUGACCCACAUGCUGAGGCAGAGCCAAAGUGGCAUCAACUUCGCUAUCUAACUGGCUGUGAGCGUUUGUACAUCCUCCCAGAGAGCCGUGCAUCUGGAUCAAACUCCGAGGCAGGUAGACUAUACUCGCCGUGUGGUGAUUAGUCAGCUUUACUCAUAGGGUUGUAGCACAAAGAGGACACAUUUUUAUUAGUUACUGUCUAGUCAACGACAAAAAAAUUGUUUUUGGAUUUGUCAUUCGUAAUCAGAUAGCAACCAUAAACACACAGGGCAUGUAUAAAAUACCCCGAUGGGGGAAAAAAGUCAGCUAGUUUCAAAAGAAGGGGUACAUUUUUACAGACAUUAGCAAUACGUACUGUAUUAAACAUUUUUCCUGUUUCCAGGAAUACUUAUUGAUUGUAAAAUUACUAAAAAUGACUAUAAGUGUACAGGUUUGUUUAACAUUACUACUAUUAUUAUUAAAAGUUGUAUACCUACUUUUGAAAAACCUGGGGUUAUCUGUCUCGAGGCAGAAACUGAAUAAACACCAGCAACUCUUCCUCUAUGAAAAUAGCAGAUAUUUUAUCUCUGUGCUUGAACAGAAUCAUCUUUGGUGUAAUUUGCUUUUGCCGUUUGCACUAAUCAUCAUGAUGAUGAUCCAUUAGCAGCGAGAUAGCACCGCUGCUUCUCUGCAGAUGUAAUAAUGUUAUCAGAAUUACUGGAAACACAGCGUCUCUAAAGGAUUCCUGCCUCUUGACAUUAGUGCAGACGUCUUUCCAUGAAUACUUAGCUUGGCCACUUGAUGGCCUUUAGACUGGAAUGGGUGCCAGUCUUAGGGCAAUAGCUUUUUCUUUUUCUCUCAUUCUCUUUAUGUUGUACAGCCCUACUUUGUGCCUCCCGGCCUCAAACUACAACUAAAAGGUGAAUGUCCUCAAAUAUUCAGUGGUCAGUAUCAUCUGCCAUACAUAGAUGGUUUUGUUUUCUUAUAUAUUAUAAAGUAAAUCAGGAGCUAUUUUUCAAUUAGCUGAUUCAAAUCAAAUUGCGUGCAAAAUUUGUAUUCUCCCUAUGUAUUUAAAUUAUUUUUAUAAAAGCUGCUUAACAUUAACUGACUGAGUAAAAGGAACCGAAUGUCACGCAUUGUAUUUCUUGAAUUUUCUAGGUUUUGCAAAUACUCGGCACAUCUAAGACUAUUAUUAAUUGGUCUUCUCUAGUCAGCACAGAACAGCUAGAAGCAAAAAAAUAGUCUGAGAAAUAUUCCAGGCCAAUGUAGAGUCAACUUGCUGUUAAAUUAAAUCAACUUAAAAAAUAGUAGCACUAAUGCUCCAUCACUGCACGCGUAUUUUGUGGUGCUAAAAUGUGAUGGAAAGGAUUCUUGGGAAGUGCCCUUGUACGUGUGUAAUCACUGCACAAAUACUCACAGCCUUUGGGAUUUUGCAGUUGUUGCCCUUUUUUUUCUUUUUUUUUUGGCGGGUCAAACAUGUUGGAAAGAAGAGAGAUUAAACAAACAUUUAUCUCUGAAACCCUGGGCCGUCCACAGAUGUCAAAGUCCAACUUUUUAGCGUGUAGAAAAAGUCUGUCGGAGUCCUGUAAGAAAAGUAUAAAUCCAGAUGAGUCCAGAGUCGUGUGAAUGGAGUAUAUCUGCUCAUGUGUUGUUUUUCUUUUCUCCCGGAAACAAACAGCAGCCCAAAUUAAAUAUUAAUCAUCUUCUCCUAAUGCGUAGUUGUGCCUGUAACUCCCUAAUGCAAUGCAAUGUGUAGGGUAGAAAACCAAGCUGUGUACGAAAAGAAAAAAAGGAAAAAACACAGGAGGGAAGCAGUCGUCCUCAUUUGUGAUUUAGGUAUUUGCUGCUAAUCUGCCACAAAAAACAUUCUGGCAUAAAAAACCUGUUUGAUGAACUUUUUAAGGUAAAAACUUAAUGAUGUUGAUAAUGUUUCCUAGACCACUGUUGCACUGAGGAGAGAAAUAUAAUAUCUGACAUAUAUUAAUGUUAUAUAUAUGUUAUUUGAAUGCAAUUUGUCAAAUUGGUAGCCCAGUUUUCUCACUGUAUCAAUCAAAAAAAUAUAUAUAUAACUCAUUGUUGAAGGAUUCAGGCUCUGAUGCUUCCAAAAGUCACUAUCCCAUCCAAAGUCACUUCCCGAUGGCUCUAAAUGAGUCAUCUACAGUAUUCGACAGCUCCAAGACAUGCAUGUAAUGAAAAUAGAUCUUCGACAUGAUUAUCAUUGACCUCUCAGAGAUCUCUCACAGUCACAUACAGUUUACAGUCGCUUGUGAAAAAGUCACUUUUCUGCCCUCUCAUUGUCACGUCUGUCAGCUUAUCUCUUAAGGUCGAUUGAGCAGUAUGACAUCGCUACUAGAGCCAAGGAGAGCAAGAACAAAGAGACUGCACCUGCGCUUGCUGAUAUAACUAUGUUAUUGGCUAGCUCAUGUUGUUUGUUUGAAUCUACCUUCAGUGUCACAUGACUAUUUCCGUACCUCUCCUUUAACCCUCGAGUAAGGGGCUGCAGAGCUGAACCGCUUGGUGUGAUAGACAUCGAUAGGAACCACUGUUGUAGAUAACAUUGUUCAUGUUUAGAACACGUUCAGACAUGACAAAACUGACUGUACAGUUUUCUUUAUGCAUUUUGUGUGUUCUGGUUUAUGAGGGAAUUGUUUUGUAAGAAAAAAAAUCAAAUAAAAUAUAUUGUAAAAAUCA